UGUAUAUAGUGGUACAGGAAUCUCUUUGAUGGCGCAAUUUAAGGGAAGACAUUAAAACGAGAUGCUUACGUGCAUAGCUCGUUCGAAGCAAUCGAACGAUGAUUCCCUUGAUCAACCUGAAAAAUUCAAUCCAAAUGCUGCUCCGCCUAAUAAACAAUCUGUCAAAACACUUACUUCUCAGAUCAAGGACAUGGCAUUGAAAGCAUCAGGAGCAUACAAACAGUGUGGUCCAUGUGCGACUCAGCCGUCGACUCUCAGAAAAAACGACUCCGACUCGUUGGAUAAAUUCCGGUGGUCUUAUAAGAGAACAGGGAGUUCGAGUUCCAGCUCUACAGCUGGGAGGAAGGAGCUGGAAGCGAGGCUUAAGGGAAUAUCAAGCGGGGAAGUUACGCCGGUAUCGGCGUCAGCUAGUGGCCGGCGAGCUGAACCGGUGGUGUUUGUUGAAGAAAGCGAGCCGAAAGAGUGGGUGGCUCAAGUCGAACCGGGUGUUCUAAUCACUUUCGUUUCAUUACCACGUGGCGGCAAUGAUCUUAAGCGGAUUCGAUUCAGUCGAGAAAUGUUUAAUAAAUACCAAGCUCAAAGGUGGUGGUCAGAGAAUUGUGAGAAGGUAAUGGAGCUUUAUAAUGUCCAAAGGUUGAAUCGUCAAGCUUUUCCCCUUCCAACACCUCCAAGAUCCGAAGACGGGAGUUCAAAAAUCGAAUCGAUUGAAGACAGUCCUGUGACACCCCCGCUGACUAAAGAACGACUACCACAUACUUUGUUCCGUCCAAUGUAUUCAUCUUCAGAUUCUCUUGAACUACAAUCAACCCAUUCUCGCUAUAAUUAUGACUCUUGUGGUGUCUCCUCAACUCCAAAACUCUCAAGCAUCAGUGGAACAAAGACAGAGAUAUCAUCAAUGGAUGCCUCUAUGAGGACUAGCACAUCAAGAGAUGCAGAUCGCUCUGGAGAGCUAUCUAUCAGCAAUGCCAGUGAUCUUGAAACUGAAUGGGUUGAGCAAGAUGAGCCUGGGGUUUACAUCACUAUACGAGCACUACCAGAUGGCAGACGAGAACUCAAACGUGUCAGAUUCAGCCGAGAAAAAUUUGGAGAAGUGCAUGCCAGGUUAUGGUGGGAAGAGAAUCGUGCUAGGAUACACAAACAAUACCUGGGAUGAUCGAUAACGCUUAUUUGCAAAUAUCGCUACAUUUCCUGUUGAUUGCCAAUUAAGGAGGUGUUGCACUUAAUUCUUUGGCAAUGCUCAUAGUAUUCAUUAUUAUAUGUGGAGCCAGAGAUUAGUAUAAGAGAGGCAAUAUACAAAGAAGAAUCUAAGCUUUGUUACCUUUGUGAACAACCAUCUAGGUUGUUGACAUGUUCUUUCUUUCUUUCUUUCUUUGUUUUUGUUUAAUUUCCAUUGUCUAAAUUAUGCUAAGUAAAAGGGGGGAAGGGGUUGAAGAAACUAAAAUAUUUCUUUGGGUAUAAGAUUUUAAGGGAUGAGAAUUUUGAUGUUGAUUCCAAAAAGAAGAAGAGAUUUUGAUGUU